GCGCCGGAUCGCCAUUUUAUAUCAACAUAGACCCACAGGAAAUGUUGCUUAAUCUAGCAGUUGCCUGUAGUCAUCUAAACGGCUGUUUGAAGUGACUAGGUGUCGGGUGUUGAAGUUUUGUCGGCUGCUGUGUGUUCAUAUGCCAUUCCUUCCUAGCAAGAAAAGAGGUUGUAAUUAAGGACAACAUUAUAGUGAUUGAGCUGUGUAAACAUUAGUAUGAUUACAAGGUUUCAUAGCUUUCAGUUUGAUCUAACAUUUAUCUGAGAACAGAAAGGUGUGUGUAUUCAAGGUUCAAGCUAAAUCAUUUAAGAGUCUUCACAUUCAGCAUUGGCCAUGGACAAUUCCUACACAAAGGCAAAUAGAGCACAGGAGUCAUCAAGUUCAGUUGUGGCAAGCUGUGAAAUUCAGAAUAAGCAUUUAAAAACUGACAAAUCAGGUGUAUUCCAUCCAGGAAAUCAUGAAGCUGAGAUGUGCUAUGGAGGAGAAGCUGAUCUACACAAACAUGUUACUGGCUGUGAGAAGAAUCCAGGUCACAAAGAUUUUAUACCUCUUAAAGAUUUCAACGCAAGUUGUCUCCCCUCACGUUACCAUGACGACGAGCUCAUGUCUGAGACAAUCAAAACAUUGGCAGCCCUAACUGUCCAGGUAAAGACUAAAUUCACCAGUCUAGAGAGACCAGAGUUUUACCCAGACACUCAAGUUCCAUAUCCAUGUUAUAAUGACAGAGGACGUCACGUGAUGAGGUUAGGGACGGGGAGGGUGGAGAGUGUGUACAAGUACACAGAGAUUGACAAAACUUGUCAUUGUGCCAAGUGUCGAGUCUCUGCCACACCCAGCAAAUUGUGGGGGGUGGUUCGUGUGUUGACAGCCAGACACGUGGUGUUUGAUGACAGUGAGGCGAGACAGACCAGUUGUGUUUUAGGUUUUGAUGACAAUAAAAGUCCAGUGGUCAGUCUUGAUGGCUGGGAGGUGGACAUGGGUGGGGCAGACAUUGAGAGAGACUGGUGUAGGUUGAUUUAUGUGACAUGUGACUUAGAGUUGCUUGAUGAACUGGACAAGAUGUGGCAUCGCUUUAAUGAUCUAUGUAGGGAAGUAAGGGGCGAAUACGGUACAUUUUAUGUUGUGGACAAGUUGACCGUUAUAGUGUCACAUCCUCAUGGCUGUCCUAAACAGGUCUCUGUAGGACAAUGGACACACAGACAUGAGAGGGAUGACUGGACCAGGUACUGGUACACAACAUGUACAUGUCCUGGCUCCAGUGGAGCGCCUGUCUACAGGCUGGGAUAUGGCGGGUGGUGGUCGUAUUACCAUCCCCACAGUGGAUCAAACUCUGAAGGAAAUUAUAGUGCGGAGUAUUUGUUCUGAUGUUACUGUUAGUUCUCUCCCCUUGUCUACACAAUGUAAACAAACAAAAUGGCGGAACCUUUCCCGUCUGUAAAUUGUUUGUGUUAAGACCUGCAUGUCUUGUAAACAUUUUAUUACAUUUAAAUGCUUAAAACAAAUGUGUUAAUUGAUGUAAACCGUUUAAUCGUAUUUGUUUGCAUGUACAUUGAUGGGUUGUAGAGUUUUUUUGUUUCAAAUUUUGUAAAUAUUUUUCUUAUAACUUUUGUCGGCAAAUUGUUGUCCUAUACCUAUGCUGGGCUAUACCUACCAAAUGGCAUAGUUAUACUGGUUACAUUUGUUUACAAAAUUUUUACACUAAACGACAUUAAA